AUGGGGGGUGUCGUCAGACGUCAAGCAGCAUGCGUCACAGGACAGGACGGCAUGGCAUGGCAAAGGGGAGAAUACGAUAUUUUUGGACCAGGUCAAGGGCCAGUCUUGUUUGGAGCCGGCUCUGGGCUACAACAAGCUGACAGCUGGCGUCCUUGCCCAGCCUCACCCGAGUCUCGUCGACAAACACUAAUAAUUGCUAGCGAUUAUAUGGGCAUGUAUUACACGGAGUCGACCAAGCGUCACGUCAUGGACAAGGGUGUUGCAGUGGCUUCUGCGAUGGAGAUUGAGGAUGGGAUGGGACGGUGCGCAAGGUCAGGAUUGAAAGAAAAGUGGGCGCGGCCAAGCCAAGCAGCUCGACAACAGCAGCUCGACAGGGAUCGUGAUGCCCAUGACCCAUUUGCCAUCGACGAGCAGGCAGCAUGUCCGCAGCGACUUGGCGACUACGGAGUACUGGGCCAUCUUUUUCCGGCGUCUUCUCACGGAAGCUAA